AUGUCAUCUGAAGAUCUCAUUCGAUUGGAAGAUUGGGAGGUCACUGGCGUUUGUGCACAAAUGCAAUCACGAGCCAAUUCAAUAACGAGCACAAAUUACUCCCAAGAUUGCUUGGAAAUCCCGCGGGAGUUAAAAAUGGAAGACGGGAUGGUGACACCGAGAAAUCACUUCGUCACUUUGAUUGGUGUUUCGAUUCUUUUUUCGGAAAGAGAAGCCAGCAGUAAUAUUGUAAUAUUCGGCACAAGACAAUCAUCAUCUUAUCGGGUAUCGGCUGUAUGGGUUGGCUUCCUUACUGGUAACGUGAUGGGUAUAACUGACAUGAUGGUAUUUGACACCCGGGGAUUUUCCUUUCUACCUGGAAGAAGUUUGAGUAGCAAACACGUACAACAUAGGUCUAGUCGCUCCGUCAUGAGCUUGUUCAUCUUGGACGAUAUGAUUGUUGACGAGUCCGGCGAUUCUCAUGAAAAUAAACGUGUGAAAAUUACUACGGCAUGCGAUACUUGUCGUAGGCGAAAGGUUAAAUGCGAUGUUCCCGAGGCUCAUUCAAAAAAUCGAUCUCAACUCAUUUUAGGUUACCAAUGCACAUUCUCCGAUGCAUCAACGAAAAGGCCUAGAGGUCCUCCUAAAGGAUUCGUGGCUCUCAUAGAGGAUAGACUGCACACCAUAGAGUCCCUCUUGGUUAACCUUGUGAACAAGGACAAUAUCAAUGAAAAUAUCAAGGAGGUGAAGAGAGAGAGGGAGCAGACGAUCGAGGAGACGACGACAAGCACCCAACAAAGAUUUUCCACCUUUAAGAUACGCCACUAUUCCCCUUCGACUAACAACUCCCAGCAUCAUCUGUUCAUUCCAUCUACUCCGCCCACCGAUUCAGCUGGAUUAUUGGAUCACUCUCAGAGUUUGAUGCCCUCCUUUGGCGAUGAGCUCGCCAGCGAUGACGAGGAUUGUCUCCAACAAAACUUGAUCUCCCCUUUCGCUGAAAACAGUUUGCAAAGCAGGUCCUUAUCAUUUCUCAUUAACCAAGAUCAAUCGGACGUCGGCUCAUACGUCGAACCGCCGUUACCAACAUCCACGCCAAGUCUCGAAUCUCUGCAACCUGACGUUGAACGUCAAUUACUGGAAAAAUACUUCAAUCACUUUCACCCUUACUUUCCGAUAGUCAACAGAAGUCAAUUCAUCAGACGACUGAAUGUCGAAGAUCAACCCUCGCCGUUGCUCCUCAACGCUAUCUAUGCCGUCGGUGCUCUAUUUCCUCCGGUCCUUUCGGAUUCCUCCAAUCCAUCGGUUUAUUAUGAAAGAGCUCGGAGUUUACUGGAUCAUUUUAUCGACGUACCCAGGUUAUCCACCGUCCAGGCAUUGAUCCUCUUGUGCAUGGUAGACCAAGGAAAGCCGUCGUCAUACAGAUCGCAAACUUACUCAUCUAUGGCCAUCCGGAUGGCACAAAGUAUGGGGUUGAAUCGCCGAAAUGGUGAGGUGUACCAAGGAAAAGGCCGACAGACGAAAAAAUUGGUGUGGUGGGGAUGCUUCAUUAUUGAUAGGUUGAACAGCCUUUCCACCGGUGACCCCUUGGCCAUCAACGAUAAGCUAUGUGACAUCGAAUUUCCGUCGCCGGACGAAGUUGACGAUCAAGAUGAAAACCAGCAACCAUCGUCAUCUCAACAGACCAACACUCAAAGUUCCACCUAUACCCAGCAAAUCAACAUCUUCGUGAAUUUCGCAAGACUCGCGAGACUGACUGGUCAAAUCAUCGAACAUUUGCAAUCGGUUUCUUGCACCGGGAUUUCUUCAUCUUGGAAUCAUCAUGUGAUGGUUUCCGGUUUUGAGAACUUACUCCUUUCCUGGCUACGGGAAUUACCACCUUACUUGCACUACACGCCAUCCCCACAGCACAUGAAACUCCCGGGACACAUAGCCUCAAUACAUAUGCACCAUCAGGCAUUAUUCUUGAUGCUUCAUUAUCCGUACAUUGCGGGAGGUCACAAUUCUCGAUCAAGAAACUCCAGGGCGUACGCAAAGUCUCUGAGCGUGUGCACAUCGGCCGCAAAUCGCAUCACGCACAUUGGUGUGGAAGCUCUGAAUAACAUCAACGUGUGCAUAACAUUUCCCACCAUGUUCUAUUGCCUCGGAAAAGCCGCCAAGGUUCACAUGAUCAACAUCGCUUCGAAUCAACGCGGACUGGCCAUCCCCGCAUACGAAAAUAUCGUGAAGAUCAUCAAGAUUUGCCGGUUCUAUGAAGAGAAUAACAUCAUCGCUGAGCUGGCCAGUCAAACUGUCAAGGCUCUAGGAAAGGUCUUAAUCGAUAAUCAGGAUAAAUUCUCCCAAGAGGACAAUUUUAUUUCCACCAGUCUGCCGUCACAGCCAUCAUCGACGCACAACAUCAAGAUAUCACCGACCAUGGCAAAUCAGACGUAUGGAGGAGAACCCUCGACCGCGGCAAUUGACAAUCGAACAUCACAGGCACAAUUGAUGGUCACGGUUCCGCCCGCGUAUGUCCCAUAUUCUUCUCACUCCGGAAAUUCGAAGAGGGAAUCUCCGCCACCGCCGUCAUCUGCCUCAACAAACAUCCAGCAACAGCGAUCCCAAAAUUUUUCGUACACACAGGCACAGGAAAACACGACACAGCAGCAAUUCCUGCCGGUGAAUCACGGUCACAUAUUUGAUCAGUUCACAACCAUGCAAAUGCAAUCCCCGGCCAUGAUAUCGACAACGGUGGCCACCGAGAUAUCGGGAGAACCUCAAUUUUGGGAACUCGGAAUGAAUUUUUCCUCCGCUCACACCGGUAUGGUCGAGGGGUUUAACAACAAUAAUCCGUAUAACAAUCAGAUGACUGUUACCAGUCCGGUGUCGGCAACCUCCACGACCACGACACCAUCCAUACCUCCGAGUACCGUAUCGUCUUCACCCUCGGACUACUUUGCCUCUCAACAGUUACCUCAACAACAAAGGCAAAAGACACCUAGCACCUCAUCCGCAUCCACGUUCUCACAGGGUGCAUUAAAGCCUCCCGCGAGAUCAAGUCAAAUGUCUCUUGAUUCUAUCGAACGCGACAGUGAUCCCGGUUCGAACAUGAUGACGGAGGCAUUGAGGAACGCUGGAUUGCAGAAUGUCCAUAAUACGCAAAGGUAUGUCUUUAUGGAUACGAAUGACAAUAAUGACAAUGGUGUCUAUGGUCGAAUGUCUGCCACCAAUGAGACUCAUCCACGAAUUUUCCACAAGAUCCACCCUCGACGGAUGACGAAGAAAGAAGUCAGCACAUUGCAAGACAGCAGGCUUUCUCACACCUCUAAUAAUGGCGGUCAACAAUCUACGAAUCACGCUGAAGCCAUAUACGUCUUGUCAAGAAGACCAAGUAGUUGUGGCCUAACAUCCGCUGUUGGAGGUUUAAAAUUCGGCGCUUCUGUUGGUCAUGAGAUCACCUCCGUUGGAAUUGGCUGCGAUGACAGUUAUGAGCAACAACACAAUGGUCCAUUCAGUGCGACCACCUUAGAAAUGAAGGAGAUUAAUGUUGGUUACUCUGAGCGUCCUUUAAAUGAUAGUGUCGAGCCUGAAAAUAGCCGUAGUACUACAAUUGUCAAUUGCGGAAUUAAAGGAAAAGACAUGGUUGUUUAUCUUUGCUAUCUGAACAGUGCAAAAACUUUGAAGAAGUUAAAACGUUAA